GCGGACUUGAAGUAAUUGCAUUGUAGUUCGACAGUCAAAUCCAACGGGUGUCAGAAACAAUUUCCGUUUUUCCGGCUAUUGAUCGUCAUAUAAAUAACUCCGAAGGAAAAAUGACUACAAUCGACAAUCCGACAGUACCGUUCACAAGACCCAUUCCUGGGCAUCUGCUCCCCGGCCGCAAAAUGGUCGUUAAGGGUGCAAUCUCUCCCAGAUCAGAUAGGUUUUCAAUAAAUUUGAAAUGUGGUAGCGAGGACAUCGCUUUCCACUUCAACCCUCGCUUCGGUGAGCAGAAAAUAGUUCGCAACUCUUAUAUUUCUGGCAAGUGGGGUCAUGAGGAGAUCAGUGGAGGCAUGCCGUUGGUAAGGGGAGAGCAUUUUGAAGCUCAAUUUGAAUGCAAUGAAGAUAAUUUUUCGGUGGAGUUGAACGGGAAACAUUUCUGCAAUUACUCUUAUCGCAUCCCAAUCCAUAAGAUCACCCACGUCAACGUGGACGGUGACGUCACGAUAAGUCAGAUCACCUUCGUGGACGCCUGAGCCAUCGCCCGAUCUCACAAUGGUACUUUUUUACUUAUGAACAAAUACUGGAAACCAAAUUUCUUUAUUUAAAUAUUUUUCUUUUAUCUUUAUGACUAUCAGUGUUUUUAUUCCAAUAAAAAGUCCUUUUGGUUU